GGAGCGCGCGUGACGUGUGUGAUACUCAGUGUAGUGCAACUAAAUAUGAAAGUAUAUUGGAUUGGAAAGAAAGUGAAUAAAGGUACUAGUGAUUCUUCUCAACAAACUAAUUGAGGUGUUCUUAUGGUUCAAUCGAAGGCAAUAAGAUGUGAAAUUUUUAAAAUGAACUAAGCGAGGAACGCGUAUGGCCAAAGAAUACUUCUCGAGUCCAAGAAAAGCGUGGAACGCUUUUUGGACUACACGAAAUGUGCCGGACGAGCGCACUGAAAGUUUGCAGAAUCUAAACACAAAAGUGAAUCAAAAAGAAAAUGACAAAAUCAUUAGUGAGACGACAGAGGUUGCUGCAUCUGAUUCCAAAGGAAACGAUGUUAUAGCACCUGCAAUCAGUCGAAGUGAUAGUGAUUACGAGAGUGUUAAGAAGGAUGUGUGGAGUGAUGUCGAUGACGAACUAUAUAUUACUAGCAUCAUAAAAUUAAGGACUACAGAUGAGGUGAACCGUUCUAAGCGUGAUACUAGCUCUUCUAGUGUUAGUGAGAAGGUUGUGAAUAGUUUUAAGUUAGAUAACGAGAUGUGGGAUUUGGAGCCCACGGACCUUACGGAGUGUGACUGUCUUGGACCACCUCCUGAGUUUCUGCUGCCACCACCUCCGCGACCACCGUUCCUACAUGCUGACUACUAUUGUGGGGACGAUCCCAUACCAGACUUAGAAACUUGUGACAACGAACCGAAGAUAGACGCGUACAACCACAGCGGGCCAUCGCUACAGACGUCGGCGGCCAUCGCGCUCUGCUCAAUCGUGCUAGUUAUUGGUGUUCUUAUUGGAGCCAUACUAGUUUGGAAACAUAAGCGGAAGGUGACCAACUUGCUACCUUCUAAGUCCAAUUGCGGGUCUCAGAGACGGGUACCUCCUCCAGCGCCCUUGUACGAGGAUCUACAGGACCUGCCAAGAAGACCACCAUUACCAAUGAGACCUGACAUGGAGCCACAGUUAGAGAUGGUAGAGACAAAGAGGCCAAACUGUCAAGGUCGCGUUUUCGUGUGCGACUCCGGCAGCGCGUGGCGGGGAGGCAACUGCGGCGGAGAUAUCUGCGGGGCUCCCCUGUACGAGGAGCUCCCGCACAGAUCCGACGACUCCGUUCACAGCGACGACCACUUCGCAGAAGACGAGCUGAGCCUCGUCGGCGAAGCGAUCCCUUGUCGGACGUGCUCCAGGCCAGCCCCGCAGUCCCUGCCGCACAGACCUCGACAUCAGAGGUUGGACCGACGACCCAAGUCGCUGGAACGACGGAGGACGCAUCGAGUGCCGAGGCACGUCCAUCCGCCGGACCCGUCCGAGUUUCACGAGGGUGUCCUGCUGGAUGCACUGCUGAGAUUAUACCCUCAAGUCGGGACGGUCGGUGCGAGGCCGACUGGACCGAUCCAAGGUGGGGGCGGAGCCUGGCCGGGGGGAGAUCUACCCGGCAUAGCGUGCUGGAGAGGACCCCGUGCGUCACCUAAGCCGCCGAGCGGGGACUCGUCCUUCGGGUCGGACUCUGGUUACAGCAAUAACACUUGUGGGACCUGCGGGACGCGGGCGUCGUCCAGACACCGUCUGUCGGCCGAAAUACCGAUGUCAUGAAGGUGUCUCGAGUUGAUGGGCGUGCCGUAGUCUCGUUUAGUGAUUUCCAUUGUGACUAACUUUUAGAUACGACUUCCGGGCCUACCUCCGCUGAUAUUCAGUACGGCCUAUUUUUGCCUUCUACUAAAGUGACGAUAUCUUUACAGACUUUAGAUGUAAUGUUUCCUAGAUUGGUAAAAUGUACAGUUAGUGAGAUUUUCCGGUUAGAUGUUACGUCUUAUAGAGAUUUGUAUCUAAAUUGUCGAAUAUCGUUUUGUACAAAAUUAUUCCUCGUUUAGAAUAAGCGUAGGUCCUUUUAAGUUAUUUCGAACUAGUCCUAAAAAUAUUGCAAUUAAAAGUGUAAUCGGAAUGUUGGUUUUUGUACAAAUUGUGAAAAUAUUAUUUUGUUUAGCGUUUAUUAUGGUUGUAGAUAUUGUAAAAAUGUAGCUAAACUAUAAAAUAGGUCUGAAUUUUAUAAUCAUAUCACGUAAAAUAUUUCCGCCACGCAUUUAAUAGGUUAAGAUACACUCCAGUGCAAAAAAGGGCUAAAACUUAAUUACUGAAGUAGCCACCGACCGCGCCGACUUCAUAUUUUUUAAAAUGAAUAUUUUGAUUGGGUUCAGCUUAUAAAUAUAAUAUUUCACAUCUAAUAAUAUUUUAAACAUGGCCUACGACAGCUUGUACAAUAGUUAUUUUAUGCCUUAGAUACAGUACCAUUAGGUACAAUAUUUUGAAAGUGGGUGCUUUUUAAUAAUAAUAUAAACUUCCACCACCACAUCAGCAAUAAUAUUAUACCUACCUACUGUUGAAGCAACUGUUCGUCAAUUUUUGUCAAAUCCAUAUAAAAUAUUUGUAGAAUUUCUUUUAUCAUGAUCCCACCAAUUAAAAGUACACAUGAUCUAAACAUGUCUAAACUUAUUGUAAAAUAGAAUUAAAUAUUGAAUCAUUCAAAUUAAAAAUAGUAAGAUGUUUUUCUACCUAUUAAAACAUUAAAAUAUAGGUCUUUACUUUUUGAAAUUUCACGAAAUAAUAUGCACGAUUUGAAGCGUUGUUUUUGUGCUAUUUAGCACGUUUGUU